AUGGUUCUCGGAAUCGCCAUGAUGGCGGCUAUGCUGCCCACCAUGAUUGGUAUCAAUGAAGCGACUCAGGGGCAAAAAGAUCAAGAGGAAGCUCGUGGAAGUUCAUCCCGCAAGAAACGCUGCCAUCUAGUGGCGACGUGUUCACUGUCUCAGGGUACAGCGGAAAUGCGCCAACAAGUUCAUAAUGCCCAGGUCCAAGUGGGUCUGGACGGCAAACUCUAUAUCACCAAGAAGCCCAGUGCCACCAUGGUCCCCUUUAAUGGAGGAUUUUAUACACACGCAGAUUUCCCACCUGAUAAUACAUCAGGAAUGGUCACAAUCAGUGGAGAGGAGGCCCCGACUCUUCGCUGGGUAUUUCUAGAUGCCAACACACAUGAGUUAAGAUGGGGUGGUCGUCCAGAUAGCCAGGGUCAUGUGUGUGGGCCCUUCGAUUGGACUAAGGAUGAGCAGUAUGUCACAUUAGAAGGAUGGGAAGGGUGGUUGGCAGUGCGAUUGCCGGAGGAUGAGCUUCGAAAUCAAGAAGAUGAGCUAGGGAUCGAACAUGGGCUGGACAUCUGGAGAUUGUACUUUGACCAGAAUGAUGACGGUGCCAAUUUACCGCCAGGAUCCCAGGGGCUUGAGGUUCGUCUGAGACGAACAACAGCUGAGUCUUGA